CGACAGAUUGGUCUCGGAGUCUUGAAAUCGAAGAACGCCAUCAGAACGCCUUUUACGCGGACGUGAUUAAGGCAUCAGUGUCGGAAUCCCAACACGCCCAGUUUCGGUCUUUUCCUGUCACCUGCAACGCAGCAACGCAGUCGGACUGUCAGCCGUCACUCUCACCCACACACCAAUCGCUGCCCCUCUCCACACUACUCGUACACUCACUUCCGUCAUAGCGGCCCAGGCGACCGUCUCGUCGCCACAUAUCGCAACCACGCCUCCACUCACCCGCAAACGCAAGCUGCUGUCGCCGGACACGGCCGCGAAGCAGAAACCAAAGAUCAACCAUCCCGCCCAGUCACCCGCCGCCUCCGUCACUGCCGACUCACACCCUGCCAAGCAGCACGUUACCGACGCCGCUGAAGAUAAGCCCGCUGCUUCACCCGACCAACUGCCCGCUACGCCUCAGACCCUCAAGGGCUCCGUCAAAGCUAUGGACUCCGACGAUGACUACAACAGUGUUGCUUCGCUGAACAGCGAUAUGGAAUUUGGUGAAGACGAUGAGAAUAGCAGUGUUGCCGAUUUCGCUGCCGACUCCGACAUCGACCUGGAUGAUGAUGGAGACAUCGGUUUCGACUCACAAGACAAAGAUCUCAAGCCCCGCAAGAAAGCUUACGAGGUCGACUUCUCCGUAUACAGCCCACAAGACAUCCAGACCCAACAAGACCGACAAAUAGAGGAGGUCUCUAAUAUUCUUGGCCAGCCUCAUGAAGCAACGGCGAUUCUCAUGCGCUACAUGCGCUGGAACAAGGAGCGUCUGAUUGAGCAGUACAUGGACAAGCAAGAGGAAGUUCUGGAGAAGGCCGGCCUCGGUCAGGAUGUUGCUGGCCUGCCCAGUUUGGAGGUCAUCGACGGGUUCGUAUGCGACAUCUGCUGUGACGACACACCUGGAUUACAGACAUUCGCCAUGAAGUGCGGCCACCGCUUCUGCGUUGACUGCUAUCGUCAAUACCUAGCACAAAAGAUCAAGGACGAAGGAGAGGCUGCUCGUAUUCGCUGUCCUGGCGAGCAGUGCAACAACAUCGUCGAUUCCAAGAGCCUUGAACUUCUCGUCACACAAGAUCUCAAGGACAGAUAUCAGGAGCUUCUCACAAGGACGUACGUUGAUGACAAGGACAAUCUUAGGUGGUGUCCUGCCCCCAACUGCGUCUAUGCUGUGGAAUGUCCGGUCAAGCAAAAGGAGCUCAACAAGAUUGUCCCCACCGUUCACUGCGAUUGCGGCCACAACUUCUGUUUCGGUUGUCAGCUAAACGACCACCAACCCACACCUUGCGUGCUUGUCAAGCUGUGGAUGAAGAAGUGCGAGGAUGAUUCAGAGACAGCCAACUGGAUCUCUGCAAACACAAAAGAAUGCCCAAAGUGUAACUCGACCAUCGAAAAGAAUGGCGGCUGCAACCACAUGACCUGUCGAAAGUGUAAGUACGAAUUCUGCUGGAUGUGCAUGGGCCUUUGGUCAGAGCAUGGCACAAGCUGGUACAACUGCAACCGUUACGAAGAAAAGAGCGGUCAUACUGCACGCGAUGCCCAGGCCAAGAGCCGUGCAUCUCUUGAGCGCUAUCUCCAUUACUACAACCGCUACGCCAACCACGAGCUGUCUGCCAAGCUUGAUAAGGACAUCUAUCUCAAGACUGAAAAGAAGAUGAUGCAGCUCCAGUCGACGUCAGGCAUGUCUUGGAUCGAAGUUCAAUUCCUUGACUACGCGUCACAAGCCCUGCAGCAAUGCCGUCAGACUCUUAAGUGGACCUAUGCCUUUGCCUAUUACCUCGAGCGCAACAACUUGACCGAGAUCUUUGAAGACAACCAAAAGGAUCUUGAGAUGGCUGUUGAGGCUCUGAGUGGCAUGUUUGAAAAGCCCACCGACCAGCUUAGUGGACUCAAGGUCGAGAUGAUGGACAAGACCACCUACUGCAACAAACGUCGUAUAAUCUUGCUCGACGACACCGCAGACAACUUGAAGAAGGGCAAUUGGAAAUUCAACGUUGACGAGCUCUCCGAAGAAUAGUCUUCUAUCCAUAACAUUUCACGAUACCGCAUUCACAGGCAACACAUUGGGGGACUGGCGUUUCUCACAGCUUUUGCUGGAGUAUCAACUGGGUUGAUUUUUUCUGUUCUCUUUAAUCAAACGACUCAUGGGGGCAUGGAAACAGGGUUGGGGAGUUCUUCUUUUGAGCGUUAGCAUCCGCGUGGGUCAUUGGGAAGGGAGGGAGUUAUCUUUCCUUCCUACAGCCUUUCCAAGCAUACCUAUUAGCCGUAGCAGUUAUAGAAAUGUCUAUCUACUUUAUUCUCAUAA